AUGAGCAAGCAAGCGGAUUACAGCAUCGAUGGUGAUGCCGAGGGCGACGAUGAAGUUGUCCUUGGGCAGAAGACCGGCACGGUGGCCGACAAGAAGGCGAUGGCGCGGCUUGGAAAGGAACAGGUCUUCAAGCGUAAUUUUGGCUUCGUGUCAAUCUUCGGCUUUGCCCUCAUUAUCAUGGGGACUUGGGAAGGUAUCAUUCCUACUCUCGCCUUUGGUCUCGGAAAUGGAGGGCCUGGAGGUUUGAUCUGGACAUUCCUUGCGACGUGGACAGGAUUCACCUUGGUCACCAUUUCCAUGGCCGAGAUGGCCUCCAUGGCGCCCACUUCAGGUGGUCAAUACCAUUGGGUAUCUGAGUUUGCUCCUCCACAUAUUCAGAAGAUCUUGUCCUAUUUCAUCGGGUGGCUUGGUGUUCUAGGCUAUCAGGUUGGCACGACGAUAGGAGCGUACGUUGCUGGCACCUUGAUCCAAGGGCUCAUCAUCUUGAGCAAUCCAGACACAUACACUCCCAAGCGGUGGCAUGGGACAUUGAUGGCCAUAUGUAUCAGCUCAUGCGUGGCCGUAUUCAAUACUUUCUUGGCGAAACAUCUCCCGUUGAUAGAAGGCAUCAUCUUGGUUCUUCAUCUUGCUGGAUUCGUUGCGAUUAUGGUUCCACUCUGGGUAAUGGCUCCUCGGAGUCCAAGUUCACAAGUGUGGACACCAUUCCUGGACGAGAACGACUGGGGAAGUGUGGGACUGGCAUGUAUGGUCGGCUUGAUUACAAGCGCUGGUGCCCUGGUGGGAGGGGACGCUGCAGCGCACAUGGCCGAAGAGUUGAAGAAUGCAUCCAAGAUUUUGCCCAGAGCCAUGAUCUGGACAGUGAUUGUCAACGGCGCCCUAGGCUUUCUGAUGCUCGUUACGUUCCUGUAUACCCUUGGUGAUCUUGGGGAGGAUCUUGCCACUCCAACCGGAUAUCCUAUCAUUCAGGUCUUUGAUACUGCCACGGGAUCUGCUGGUGGAGCCUGCGGCUUGACUGCCAUCUUGAUCCUUCUCGGGGUCUGUGGCAACCUAACGACGAUGGCGGGCUCAUCUCGCCAGCUGUUCUCGUUUGCUCGUGAUCAAGGAGUUCCAUUCAACAGAUGGCUGUCCCGAGUGCCCCCUGGCUACGAUGUCCCCGUCAACGCGAUCCUGGUGUCGGCACUCUGUUCGUGUGUCUUUCAUUGCAUUUACGUUGGGUCUGUGGUGGCAUUCAACAUCAUUCUCUCCAUCGGCACGGUGGCGCUCCUGUCUUCAUACAUGGUUUCCAUUGGCACAAUCACUUGGAAGCGUAUACGAGGCCACCCUCUGCUCCCAUCGAAGAUGUCACUGGGAAGGUGGGGGCUUCCGAUCAACAUUGCCUCGAUGCUCUUCUGCGCCGUGGUAUAUGUGUUUGCGUUCUUCCCGUCGGCGCCUAACCCGCCAGCGAUCUCAAUGAACUGGGCCAUCGUGGUGUAUUCCGGGGUGCUGCUGACUGCUUUGGUGUAUUACUUGGUCCAAGCGAGGUUUAACUACGUUGGACCAGUGACCUAUGUCAAAAAAUCCAUCUAG